CAACGAUUAUUAUCCUUUUUAAAAAAUAGAAAUCCGUUAAUAUUUUAAGAUGCAUUAUGGAUUUAGCUACUUUGUUCAAAUAUAGAAAGAAACAGCAAAUUAUUGUUCCUUCAACACUUUGCUCGCUAGUGACGAUUUGUGUAAGUUAGCUAGCUAACUUAGCUGCUAGCUAGCUAACGUUGAGUAGAUCAUCAUAUAGCUACGCAAUGCAAUAAUGUAACAACGUGUUUGUCACAGGUCUUUAAAUAGAAGUUAACAUACAAUGGAGAAGGAGCAGCGCAGCAGUGUUGUUUUUAACGCAUCCAAGAGAGAACUGUUCACUGCCAACAAUGGUUACAAGUCCCUGCAGAAGAGACUCAGGGCACAAUGGAAGAUUCAGAGCAUGAAAGAGGAGCUCUCCUUGGAGAAGUUGAAUGGUGUGAAGUUGUGGAUUACUGCUGGCCCCAGGGAAAAGUUCACUGCAGCUGAGUUGGAGGUCCUGAAGCAGUACCUGGAUGGGGGAGGAGAUGUCCUUGUGAUGCUGGGUGAAGGAGGGGAGAUGAAGUAUGACACCAAUAUCAACUUCCUCCUUGAGGAGUUUGGGAUAAUGGUCAACAAUGAUGCUGUCGUGAGGAAUGUUUACUACAAGUAUUUCCAUCCAAAAGAAGCACUUGUGUCCAAUGGUGUUCUGAACAGAGAGAUCAGUCGGGCUGCAGGCAAAGUGGUGACAGGGAUCAUCGAAGAUGAAAGUGUCGGGAACAAUGCACAGGCCCUCACAUUUGUGUACCCGUAUGGAGCGACACUGAGCGUGAUGAAGCCUGCUGUGGCUGUUCUCUCCACUGGGUCCGUCUGCUUCCCCCUCAACAGGCCUGUCCUCGCCUUCUAUCAGGUCAAGGAGGCAGGCAAACUGGCAGUGAUGGGGUCCUGUCACAUGUUCAGUGACCAGUACCUGGACAAAGAGGAGAACAGUAAAAUAAUGGAUGUCGUUUUCCAGUGGCUCAUGGGUGAUAACAUUAUUCUGAACCAGAUAGAUGCAGAGGACCCCGAGAUCACAGAUUACACCAUGCUGCCAGACACAGGCUGCCUGUCUGAGCGACUGCGAGUAUGCUUGCAAGAGGGAGAGGAAAAUCCAAGAGACUUUACCUCCCUGUUUGACAUGUCUCUACUCAAACUAUCAACAAACACGUUGCCCCAAGUCAUCAGUUCCUACAAGCAGAUGAAUGUCAAACACGAGCCUCUCCAGCUGAUCACACCUCAGUUUGAGACUCCCCUUCCACAGCUGGAGCCUGCUGUCUUCCCGCCUGCCUUCAGGGAUCUGCCUCCCCCCAUGCUUGACCUCUUUGACCUGGAUGAAACCUUCUCUUCUGAGAAGGUGCGUUUGGCACAGCUCUCCAACAAAUGCACAGACGAUGAUCUAGAGUUCUACGUGAGGAAGUGUGGGGACAUCUUGGGGGUGACGGGGAAGUUGGAUAAAGAUCAGAGGGAUGCCAAACACAUCCUGGAGCACAUCUUCUUCCAGGUCGUGGAGUUCAAGAAGCUCAAUCAGGAACAUGAUCUUGACACAGAGACGAGGUUUUCCCCAUUCUGAUGAAUUGCAACCAAUGAGGUUGCAAAUUGAUGUAUUUUUCAUGGGCUUGUAUAUACCUACAUUCAAUCUAAUGUAUCCAUAUCGUUUUUCCAGUAACUACAAGAAUGUAACUCCAUAGCCUUUAAACAGAAUGUAUAUAGUUGAUUAGAUUAAUGUACUAAAUCUGACAAGUGAAAUUAAUAUUGUAUACGGCUUUCCAUAUCUGAUUGAUUACUUGUGGUAAAGGAUGACACAUUUAGGCAUUUACUGUGUAAAGUGUUCCAUCAUUUCCUCAAUACAUGGUUGAUUUAAUCAAUAAAAAAAUGUAUUUACUAUAAUAUUGUAAAAUAUACAUUUUCUUCAGACUGGCA